CUUGUCGGCCCGUUUUGCUCCUGUAUAAAACGAGAAGUUGGCGUAAAAGAAAAUACAGAUGGAGGAGGUCAACCGGUCCCGGUGAGUCUCCGCGACCACUCCUCGCCGUGUCCCGUCGCGAACCAUCUCAACCGGCGCCAUGCCCGCGCUUCUCGUGCUGCACCUCGCGGCCACGCUGGCUGUUUUGGCCCGGUCGGUCGCCGCCGUGGGACCGCUCGUCCGGUGCGAGCCGUGCGACGCCGUCGCGCUCCUGCAAUGCAAGCCUCUGCCCAAGGACUGCGCCGUGCGGGCGAGGGAGCCCGGCUGCGGCUGCUGCGUGACGUGCGCCCUGGGCCCGGGGCAGGCGUGCGGCGUGUACACGGCGCGCUGCGGCUCCGGCACGACUUGCCGGCACCGGCCGGGGGAGAGCCGACCCCUGCAAGCUCUGCUGGAGGGACGGGGAGUGUGCACAAGCGAGGCGUCCCAAAAACUCAAUGUCAUUCUCGUUCCGGCGCAAAAACAAGAACAUGGCCACAAUCAGGAGGAAGGAAACAAGACGGCCACAAUGACCAUGUUGCCUGGUUUAUCAACUGUCAAAGUGGGGCAGAGUAAAGGGGUAAUGGACACCAGACCCCCGUUACACAACAAGCUGAUCAAGAAAGAUCAUCACAGGAAGACUCACAGCUACAAGGUGGAGUCCGUGUCAGAGGGAGCCAAUAUGGAUAUGCACAACUUUUCAGUGGAGAACAAAAGGGAGAUGGAGUAUGGCCCAUGUCGGCUGGAGAUGGAGAGCAUCCUAAAUAGUCUGAAAAUCAGCAAUGAACUCAACCCCAGAGGCUUCCGCAUACCCAACUGUGACAGAAGAGGUUUCUAUAAGAAAAAACAGACAUGCAAAUAG